UCGGCCCGUGGUGAUGACGGUCUGAGUAUGCGCAGAGUGUACAGCGCCAAUAACAAGCAGCGCAAUGUGGAGGCUGGUGGCAGAGAACGCUGCAGGAGGCACGUAUCAUUUUCUCACUGGCACCGAUUAUGUUGUGGGGCGCAAGAACUGUGCUAUUUUAAUUCCAGAAGAUCAGUCCAUUAGUAGGUGCCAUGCUACGUUGUCUGUUAGCCACCCAAGUGCCAAUCUGGGCCAAACAAAUGCCGCUUCAGUCCUAUCGAUAAAAGACUCAUCAAAGUAUGGCACAACCGUCAAUGGAGACAAGAUGAAUCCUGCGGUUCCAAGGAAUUUGAAAUCAGGAGAUAAGGUCACAUUCGGUGUUUUUAAUAGCAAGUAUAGGGUGGAAUACGAGCCCUUAGUGGUCUGUUCUUCCUGUUUAGAUAACUCGGUUAAGAAUUCUUUAAACCAGAACCUCAUACAUUUAGGCGGCCAUGUGUUGAAUAACUGGACAGAGAAGAGCACUCACCUUGUUAUGACUUCUAUUAAAGUAACUAUCAAGACUAUAUGUGCACUCAUUUGCUGCAAACCAAUCAUAAAACCAGACUACUUCUGUGAGCUGCUUCGUGCCAUUCAGGAGAAAAGACCAUUGCCUGAUUAUAGAAGUUUUAUACCUUCUGUAGAUGAGCCAUCACUUACACCCGAAUCACUAGAUCUUUCCGAAAAUGUGAAACGCAAAUCCAUAUUCAAGGAUAAAGUAUUCCUAUUUCUCAAUGCGAAACAGUAUAAGAAGCUGAGCCCAGCAGUUCUGUUUGGUGGGGGAAAGACAGAUCUGCUGAUGGGGGAACUGAAAGACGCAUCAGUACUGGAUAAUCCGGCAACAUGUGUUAUUGACGUGGCCAUGACUGAAUCUCAGCUCUCCGAAUCCCAGUCUACACAGCCCUGGAUCACUUCUACACUGGAUUUACUGCAAAGUAAAGGUCUGAGAACAAUUCCAGAAGCAGAAAUUGGUUUGGCUGUUAUCAAUGUGUCAACAGAAAUUUAUUGCAAUCCUCGAAGACGUGCAGCAAGUGGAACUGAGGCGGGAACAUCGAAGAAAAUGAAUGUCCUGAGUUCUACCCUUUGUCAAGGUAUUGCUGUUGAUGAGACCAUAUUACCUGCUCCAACAUUUGAUAUAACGGCUUAUGCUGCCAAUACAGAACCGCAAGAUCAGACAGGUACAUGGAUGAACAUCAGCGGUGUUCGUGAAGUGAAAGAAACCCCGGGUAACAGUAGCAGCCACAGUAGAUCCAAAGGUUACCUACAGAAGGAUCCAAAAAGUGGCAGCAGCAGCAAUGAUCUCAGACAGACUUUAUUCCGAGAGGAUGAGACCGACACCAGGAAGAAUACUCCAUCGCUCUUACCCACAAAAUCUUCUGCUCGAGAUGUGACGAAGACUUCCCAAAAACUGCAGCCAACUAAAAAAAUUGACAGUUACUUUCAAUCGUUGGCCAAGAAAAGAGACCGGGCUGAAGAUGAAAAGGAAGCAUCUUCAUCAAAGUUGCCACGGGUGGAAACCCUUUCAUCCCAAACUUUAGAGGAGAAAUUCCCGCCAGUUACACAAACACUUGAGGAAGAGAAUUUUGACUCCGAUCUGGAUAUGGAAUUGGCAAUGUCAUGUGAUCAGAUACUAAAUGAUUCCAUGGGGAGCAAAGCAGCGAUGCCAGAAGAUUCAACGGUGAAAAAAAGAAAGGUGCCCGAUGAUCAUGUAGUGGAAGAGUCUGACGUCGAUAGCGAUGAAGGAAUCCGUGCGAAUGCAGAGCAGAAUGAUACUAAAAGUGAUAUAAAUGUGACAAAAAGAAGAAAAGUUGAUUCUGAAAUAGAAGGCACCAAAGAGCCCACUAUAAAGCCACGUGAGAUAGGAACAAAGGCACAAGUGAAGACGAAUUCUCCAGAGAUGGCUCCGGCAAUAAGGAAAGAGAUUGAGGUCAAUAAAGAGUUGGAUAUCAAGAAAGAGCCUAAAUCUCAAUGGGAAGAAUCUAAGUUUGUUCCUGAUCUCCAAGGGGAAACUGAUGCGCUGCCCAGCAGACUCUUACUUACUGAGUUUAAGUCAUUGGUGGUGAGCCGGCCAGUCAGGAACAAUAACACCACAAGCAAUAGUAGCAACGGAAAGUGCCAUAACUUUAAGAAAUUCAAAAAGGUAGCGUACCCAGGCGCUGGAAGCUUUCCCAAUAUUAUUGGAGGGUCUGAUUUAAUUGCGCAUGAUAGAAAGAAAAAUGCAGAGCUGGAACAGUGGCUUCGCCAGGAAGUGGAGGAACAAACGCAACAAGUCAGAGAAGAGUCACUUGCUGAGGAUUUGUUCAGGUACAAUCCCAAACCUAGCAAAAGAAGACGCUGAAAAAAAGGUGGUUAUCUGCUCUUCAAUAGUUUUUGUUCUGUUUCAAUGACUGCAUUCUGUAAAUAAAUGAAAGAUUUAUGAUGGAAA